AUGAAGACCUAUGUGUCACUCAGGGCAACAGCCCUAGCUCUCUUACCUUUGGCUUGUGGUGCUGUCUCUACCCCAACUGUCGCUAUAGCCUCGCCUGCAGCUACUAUAGUUGGGUUAGCUGGUGACGUCGAACAAUUCCCUGGCAUCCCCUAUGCUAAGCCUCCGGUUGGGAAUCUCCGCUUCAAGCCCCCAGUGCCCUUAACUGAACCAUAUGGCAUGUACGAAGCUACUGAAAACAAGAAUAUUUGUCCACAAUUCGUCGGCAGUACAACAGACAGAAAUUCUCUCAUUCCUGAGUUCCUCACCACUCUACUCAAUAGCCCCGUAUUUCAGAAGCCUGUUUUUGCAGCCAGCGAAGACUGUCUUUACCUCAAUAUUCACCGACCUGCGGGGAUUAAAGAGGGGGAUGAUCUUCCGAUCCUCUUCUUCAUCCACGGCGGUGGCUUCCAACUAGGUUGGAAUUCAAUGUAUGAUGGAACACCAUGGGUCGAGAAGUCUGUCGAGCUAGGCAAACCGAUGAUUGUGGUGACCGUCGCGUAUCGGCUAGGCGGAUUUGGAUUUCUUCCUGGUCGAGAAAUCCAAGAAGAGGGAUCAUCCAAUGCAGGGCUUUUAGAUCAACGCCUGGGCCUGCAAUGGGUUGCUAAUAACAUUCGUGCGUUUGGAGGGGAUCCUGCAAAAGUCACGAUUUGGGGCGAGUCUGCAGGGGCCUGGUCUGUCUUUAACCAAAUGGCCCUGUAUUCUGGCAAUCAUUCCGGGGACAUCACCGGAGAACCUCUCUUCCGCGGGGCCAUUUUGAAUUCAGGUUCGUUCCUACCAGCGGACCCAACGGACGGUCCCAAAGCUCAAGGGAUCUACGACAUGGUCGUCGAAAGCGCGGGUUGCUCGGCAGCGAUGGAUACGCUGCAAUGCCUUCGCAACCUGGACUAUACCUCUCUUCUCGACGCCACGACCUCUGUUCCAGCCAUGCUAGGCUACCAAUCCCUCGCGCUUUCCUACAUUCCCCGUCCUGAUGGCCUUGUGGUGGCUGAAUCACCAGACCAAUUGGCUUUGAAGAACAAAGUCGCCCAGGUCCCUUUUAUUGCUGGAAGUCAAGAGGAUGAGGGGACGCUUUGGGCGCUUUUCCAGUCCAACAUUACCACGGAAGAGCAGUUAGUGGACUACCUUAACAACGUCUACUUUCCAAAUGGUUCUCGGGAAGUCCUCGAGCAGUUUGUCUCCCUGUAUGCCGACAUUAGCGAGAAUGGCGCACCCUUCCGCACGGGGCAACGGUGGAACAUCUACCCUGAGUUCAAACGGUUGGCUGCUAUUGUCGGUGACCAUGAGUUCUCACUCACCAGGCGCAUCUUCCUGGAAGCAACGGAGUCCCUGAGCCCAGAAAUUCCAGCCUGGUCAUACAUGAGCUCCUAUGACCACGGAACACCAGUCCUGGGUACCUUCCACGGGAGCGAUCUGCUCCAAGUUUUCUUCGGCAUCAAACCAAACUAUGCGUCAGACGCCUUCCACGCGUACUACAUUUCUUUCGUCAACUCACUGGAUCCAAACGAGGGGAACCAAGGUACCUAUAGCCACUGGCCGCAGUGGGAUGAGAGUCACCAACUACUUAACAUGUACGCCGAUCACUCAGAAUUCAUUUUUGAUGACUUCCGCAGUGAGGCCGCAGCGUUUCUCAAGAACAAUAUUCAGAACUUCCGACUAUAA